UGUAAAUGUUGGCUUCUAAAAAACCCUUGGAAAGAAGAUGAGAGGCUGGUAGCGAAAGAAGUGUUUUUUUCGCCUCAGAAAUGGAGGCAAAUCUGUGUGCAUCUCUAGGCCUCCCAUCUCCAAACUCUCAAAAUCACCACAACCCAGCAAUCCAAACUGACUUCACUAACCUCUUCGCUCAAUUCUCCUCUCUUAUAUUGAUUAAAAACCCAGAAAAACCGACCAAAACCCGCAAUAAAACCACCCUCCCAUUUGCCUCAAACUCCUUAAAUUCCCAGAUUUUCGCACCAAAAAGCCCAAAAUGGGUCCAAUCCACCUCAAGAAACAGCCCCAAAGUCCAAUCUUUAAUGAAAAACCUCUCUGUUUUUGAGAGAGCACUUAUAGGAGCAGGUGGCGGCGGCAUAGCCGGUGCAUUUACUUAUGUGUGUCUGCACCCGCUGGAUACAAUUAAAACGAAGUUGCAAACAAAGGGUGCAUCUCAGAUUUAUAAAAAUACACUUGAUGCUGUGAUUAAGACCUUUCAAGAUAAAGGGAUUUUGGGGUUUUAUAGUGGUGUAUCUGCUGUUAUUGUGGGUUCUACUGCAUCUUCAGCCGUGUAUUUUGGUACUUGUGAGUUUGGUAAAUCAAUUUUGUCAAAAUUUGAGAAGUAUCCAUCCGUGCUUAUCCCUCCAACUGCUGGUGCAAUGGGCAAUAUUGUGUCAUCAGCAAUAAUGGUGCCUAAAGAAUUGAUUACGCAGCAAAUGCAAGCUGGUGCAAAGGGGAGAUCUUGGGAAGUUUUGCUGAGAAUUUUGGAAAAAGAUGGUAUCUUGGGUCUUUAUGCAGGGUAUUCUGCUACUUUGUUAAGGAAUUUGCCUGCUGGUGUUCUGAGUUAUUCUUCAUUCGAGUAUUUAAAAGCUGCUGUUUUGACUAAGACUAAAAAGAACAGUUUGCUGCCAAUUGAAAGUGUGAGCUGUGGGGCACUGGCUGGGGCUAUUUCAGCGUCUUUAACCACACCACUUGAUGUGGUUAAGACCAGGUUGAUGACCCAAAUGAAUAAGGACGUUGUGGAUAAGGCUGCAGCUGUAAUGUAUAGUGGUGUUUCGGCGACAGUGAAGCAGAUUUUGACGGAGGAAGGGUGGGUAGGUUUUACUAGGGGAAUGGGUCCUAGAGUGGUUCAUAGUGCUUGCUUUUCGGCUUUGGGAUACUUUGCAUUUGAGACGGCAAGGCUUACUAUCUUGCAUCGGUACUUGAGGCACAAGGAGUUGCGCGAGUUGGAUGCUGCUCCUACUUGAUUGGUGGCUGUGAAUUGGGGAUUGAUUGUCAUUGCUGCUGGUAAUUCUUGUCCCUUGUUUUUCUCGUUGGUUGCUUUUUCUAUUGGUGAAAUGGUUGUAAACUAAUUUUCGUUUCUGCAUUUGUACGCACUUGGAAUAAGAAAAUUCAACAUGGUUGGUCUCUUAUUAUUAGCAUGAAA